GUGUCAACAAUAUCUCAUUGUCUCUCUUUUCUAUCUUUUUUUCUUUCCUUCCCAUGCGCAACGAAGAAGCUUUCAUCCCCCAAAACUCUUUUCGACUCGGUCAAUAAACAAUGGAAUCAGUUAAGACCUCCAGGUUCAUCACUGAGGUGGCUCCGGCUAAGUUUAUAUCGGCAACGAGAGAACCAUUCAAGAACAUGUUGACAACAAUCUCCGAGGAAGACUUUGACUUUGAAGAACUAGUCAGAGCCACUGCAGAGAGACUCUCUUCUUCUUGUCCAUGCUCCUCCUCCUGGUCUCUUGCUCACUACUCCAAGAUCAACGGACUCUCUUCUUCUUAAAUACCAUUCAAUUGCUAUAAUCCCAAAAUGCAUUUCCUUCUUUCAAUAAAACCCAAGAAUUCAUACGUUUCUUGGCCCAAAUCAUCCAUUUUUUUUCUAAUCUCUUCAGCAUCAGACUAUAUUUUUUAAUCUAUUUCUCGUUGUUGAAUGUUUUCCUAAUUCACUUGUGUUUAUCAAAUCUCAAAUUACCUAUGAUCGAUCCUAAAUGUUUAAAGAACACAUACAAACAAAAACAAAAACAAAUCCAAGAACGUUCUUAUAUAAUUUCCACAGGACUGGUACUAAAUUUUGUGUGAAGAAGUUUCAUCGAUACGAGAACAAAAAGAAGGCUUUUGUAUUAUACAGAAUGAGAUAUCUAUUAAUUUUUCCUUUUCCGGUAAUUUACUUUUUACUCUCUUCCAAAAAUGUAAUACUGUAAUAAUAA